GAUUUAAAAGCUGGAGUUGAAAAGACUGAAAUGAUGCAUAGCAAAGACAGUGAUGAGCCGGUACCUUCAACAUUAUCUGAAAGUAAUAAUGGAAGAAGGACUCAUUUUCGACUCCGAUCAUCAAACGGAACAGUAGGACGCGAAUUUCAUUCUCACAGUGACGUUUGGCAUCCAGCUAUUGACGAUGCGGAAAUGCUCGAAAAUCAGAAGUGCCCUUUUGGUUUGACAGGAUUAAGAAAUUUGGGUAACACAUGUUAUAUGAAUGCAGCAAUUCAGGCACUAUCGUAUUGUCUUCCUUUUUCCGAUUUUUUCCGCUCACUGGAUUCUGUUUUUCCAUUCUCGUCAAAGAUGAUAGAUGGUAACAAAGAACCGCCAGUUUCAAGUUCAUUCCGUAUUUUGUUACAAGCACUUUGGUCCGAGGAACGCAGUAGUUACAUUAAUCCACUACCUUUCCUUGUGCAAUUUCGUCACUACUGCCCUCAAUUUCGAGGUGUGACUCAGCAAGAUGCUCAAGAAUUCAUUAGGUGCCUUCUGGAUAUAUUGCAUCGGGAACUGCGUCAACCUGUCUUUGCUUGGGAAUAUCGGAAUGUUGUGUGUGAUAUAAAAAUAGAAGCCAGUAAUUACUACGCUGCACGAAGUAGAUAUCCGCCUUCUCGUUGUAGUAGCCGAACAUCUGGUGGUGAUGAUACACGAUACGAAACAGCUGAUAGCGGUUGGAGCUCUGAUGGAGAGAUUGCUCCAACUUCAGAAGAAGUGCAAUCAGAAGUAAUAGCUGAUAGUCAGCCAUUAGAAAUCUCGGACAACUCUUCUGAUAACCAGCUAUCAGUAGAAAUUAACCAGGAGAGCAAGAAAAUAAACUCACCUAUCUAUUAUCGAAGUUUAGUGACGGAAGUUUUUGAUGGGCAGUUACGUAGUACUGUUAAAUGUCUCACAUGUCAUAAUCUUUCGGAAACAUAUGAAACUUUUCAGGAUCUAUCUUUGAGCAUUCCAACGAAAGAGCAGCUCGAGCAUAUAGUAUCGUAUGCUAGAGAUAUAAAUGUGAUGGACAAAAUGAGAAAUUUUAGAGUCCCCAGCAAUGAUUACAAAUUUUGGCAGUGGCCAUGGUGGCUCGGAGCGGGAUUAUUGCGUUCAAUCUAUCGUUAUAUAUAUACAGAUUUGAUUUCAUUGAAUGAUGCAUUUGCUGCGUUCUUCUCACCUGAUGAUCUUUGUGGGGACAAUAUGUACUCGUGUGAAAAGUGUUCGAAAUUACGAAAUGGCAUUAAAUUUUGCAAGAUUAUCAAACCACCAGAAAUCUUGUGCAUUCAUUUAAAACGGUUUCGACACGACAUGUCAUAUUCAAGCAAAAUCUCAACAACUGUUACUUUUCCCAUUUAUGAUCUUGAUUUGACACCAUUCACUGAAACUUUGGAGCAAAACAAUGAAUCUGUGCUGUAUGAUCUUGUCGCAUUCAUCACUCAUUACGGGGUAAAUGCCGAAAGUGGACAUUAUGUUGCUUACUGCAAAAAUGAAAUGAAUGAAAAUUGGUAUGAAUUUGAUGACUCGGUAGUGACUAAAUUGGAAAUCGCCGAAGUAAUAACUAAGGAAGCUUAUGUGCUAUUUUAUCAAAGACAGUCAUCGAAGAAUAUGGAUGAGAUUAAGAAUCGUGUCAGACAAAUGCUUGAGGAAGAAAUGAUGAAUAAUACAAAAGUUUGUAGUGCAAUGAAAGCUGUUCCACAUCAUUAUGUUUCUCGUGAAUGGCUGCAUCGUUUAUCAACAUUUUCAAAUCCUGGACCCAUCACGAAUCAUGACUUCCUUUGUCAACAUUCACAAAUCCUUCCGCGCAGAGCUGCUCAUCUUACUGAUUAUUAUGUAGCAAUCAGCAGUUCUUUGUGGGACUUUUUUUUCGAAAAAUUCGGUGGUGGCCCCGCAAGCUCUGAAUUACAUUACUGUUUACAUUGUCAAAGUGAAUUUCAAAUGAUGAAACAUAAGCGCGAAAAUGAGUUCAAGACGUUCAUAGCAUUGGAAGCGCGGUUAGGCAGAUUGAAAGCUGAUAUUCCAGAACUUACGUAUAAUUAUUAUUUGCCACCCAAUGUGAUUGCGAAAUCUUGGAUUGACAAAUGGAGGGCAUUUGUUGAAGAUAAUGAAUGCGAACCACCGGGACCUAUUGAUAAUAGCAUGCUACUGAUUCAUGAUGCAAAUCAAACAAAAUUACGCUUGCGCACUUCACAGUAUCUGCAGUUACCGCGAGAAAUGUGGUUGUUCUUUUGUUCGAUAUAUGGUGGAGGACCAGAAUUGCUCUGUAUCCCGGAUGAACAUCCGUCAUCAGAUAAAUUACGAGAAUUAAUUGCUAGCGUUGAUGAGAAGAUAAUGGAAAAUUUCAAACGUUUAAAAAAUGAGAGUGUAGCUGAUAUGUCAGUUUCGUCACCUUUAUUUGUCGGUGCAACAAGUGAAAGAAACGAUAUUAAUUCAGAUCUGCCUUGUUCAGAUUUUGUAACUGAUGUCAUGUUCUCGGAAAAUUGA